AAGUUAUUUUUAUUUAUGCAAUUUAUGCAAUUAUAAUAUAUAUUUAGUGGAAAACCUAGCGUGAGCGGUACAAAUUAAGAAAUAUAAUUUUAUACUAGUCAAUCUACCAAAAAUAUCAACUAUGUCUAAUAUACGACCACUUAAUGAUAAAUUAGCUAAAAGAGCUCAAGAAGAACUUGGUGAGGUACCAGAACGAAUUGAUUCAGAUAUUGAAAUGUUACGUGAAUGGAUGUUAAAACAAACUUAUAUAAAAGGACGUACUGACGAUCAAUUUUUAGUAGCUUUCUUACGUGGUUGCAAAUAUAGUAUAGAAAAAGCAAAACAUAAAAUAGAUAGUUUCUAUGCAAUGCGUGGUGUAGUACCAGAACUAUACAAGGAUCGAUUUGUAGAUGAUAGAAAGAUUGAAAUAUUGAGACAAGGUUGUUUACUUCGAUUACCUAAACCAUUGACUGAAGAUGGACCACGUAUACACAUUUCACGUUAUGGCAUGUAUGAUUCCAAUAAAUUUUCAUUAAAUGAAGUUGUGAAAGUAAGCACUAUGAUGGGUGAAAUUCAGUUCCGUGAAGAUGAUAAUGCUAUGGUUAUGGGUUUCACGGAAAUUAUUGAUCUCAAAGGAGUCGGUGCUGGCCACAUAUUCCAAUUCGAUGCAGUAUUAGUUAAAAAAUUAGCUGUAUUAGGUGAUAAAGCAUGGCCAUAUCGGCCUAAAGGAUUUCAUUUCGUUAAUGCUCCUUCAAGUGCAGAAAAAUUUCUAUCCAUUGCAAAGAGUCUAAUGAGUGACAAAAUCAAGGAGAGGUUCCAUAUACAUUCAAAAUAUGAAACUCUCUAUAAAUAUAUUCCCAAAGAAUGUUUACCUGCAGAAUAUGGUGGCAGUAAUGGUACAGUACAAGAUGUAAUUGAAACAUGGGAAAGAAAGCUAUUAAGCUAUAAGGACUAUUUUGAGGAUGAAGCACAGUAUGGUACGAAUGAGAAGUUACGACCUGGGCGUCCAGUGGAUUCUGCAACAUUAUUUGGCUGUGAAGGCUCAUUCAGAAAAUUAGACUUUGAUUAA